UGCGCUGACUGGACGAUCAAACAGUUCGCUCCUUAACCACCUUAACGCGGAUCAUCGUCAGCGUCGUCAUCACCCAUCGAUCGCGAAUUUACUUCUCUAUCACUGUAGUAAGAAAAAAAAUCCUACUCAAUCCGUCAAUCUAUCGGGCGCGCGCGCAGAUCGAGCUAUAGAACCCAAGCCAUCGAUCGCAGCACAAAUUCAGUUGCUCUCGGUCAACCGGCGACUAACAACGCUUUUCCGAUCUGAUCUUCAGUGUAACCGAAAAAGUUGGAAUCUAUCCAUCUAUCUUUGCGAGGAGAAGUGCAACUGUACAGAAGUGAUCGAAACUAACAGUUUCGGACUAGUGAUUUUGGGCAAAAGUGUAAAAGUUGGGGGGUUCGUAGCUGCAUUUGUAGAGAUCUAUCGAGGUUGUAGGUGAUUGGAAACAUGUUCGAUCCGGUGGCCAAUGUGACCAUCGGGCUGCCCGAUGGCAUCAACUCCAGUUCAUAUUUCCAGCGAAAAUGGGAUGCCUUUCUGGAUGUCGUUGGCGAUGAUCCGGAUUUUCUCUACUUUGGGUUUCUAACGAUAUGGACCUAUGCGCUAUUUUGGGUGAUCGGUGGUUGUUUCGUGUUCAUGGACCUCACCAAUAAGCCAAAGUUCAUGCGGAAGUACAAAAACCAGCCCGGAACACAUGAACCCCUGGAAUGGAGCAAACUGAAACCUUUGUUGAGGACCGUCAUCAUCAACCAACUGGUGUUUGGAAUCCCAACGUCGUACUUCUCGUACCACGGCCGGAAAUGGGUCACUUCAGGUCUACCAGAGAUGCGACCGCUGCCGUCGCUGGAAAUCGUCAUCCGAGACAUGUUGGUGUGUAUCGUCAUGUGGGAAAUCACCUUCUACUACAGUCAUCGACUGCUGCACGCCAACUUCUGGUACAAGUACAUCCACAAGAAGCACCACGAAUGGCCGGCGCCAAUUGCCUGGGCUGCCAUGUAUGCCCAUCCGUUUGAGUUCGUCAUCAGCGAUCUGCUUCCGGUGUACAUUGGCCCUGCUCUGAUGGCCAGCCAUCCGGUCACGAUCGCCAUCUGGUUCGUGUUUGUCAUGAUGGACACCCUGGUGGAUCACUCCGGGUACCACGUGCCAUUCCUGGGAAGCUCCGAGCAGCACGAUUACCACCACUUGAAAUUUAACCAGUGCUACGGACUCUUCGGUUGGUGGGACACCCUACACGGUACGAACGAAGAAUUCCGCAAGAAGAAACAGUACCUACGAAACAAGAGAAUAUUCUCUCUGAAAUCAGCUCGCGAGCUUAUUCCAGAUGAGUAGACCAGCGGAAAACGACGAUGGACGUCGUCAGAGAAUGGAAGAAAGAGGGGGGGGGGGUCAUGAAAGCCUGAAGCCCCCCAGCAAAAAUAAACAACUUCUAAUACAGUACCUACCUAUUACUACAAAAGACACAUAGUGGUCACACUCUAUCGGUGGAGUUGUUGCUCAAAUAGCUACUAGUACUACAGUUACUUUUUGGAUUAAGCUUUGAAUGUUGUAGACUGCUGCUGAUGGUGUUACAGAUCUUAUGUGGAACCAGGAAAGCAAAAUACAAAAAACUGAACCCAAGUGAUAUAGAAUAUCACUUGGUUGAAAAUGUGUUAAGUAGAUAGAAGAACUAGUCUUGUAAGCUUGUAUGGUAAGAUCUCCUGAGGUCUGAUGGGGCACAUUUCCUCUUAUCAUCAGAUGAAUGCUGUGCAGAAAUAAAGACUCAUUAAGUUUCCUU